AUGCAGCGGUGGAACCGCCAAACUUUGGACUUGUUUGCGUCUUCAGCCCUUAUUGGCGGGCCAGGAGCCGACGGAGGCGCCAAGAGCGGUAGAGAAGAGGAUGGAGGGCAGUGGGAGGGAGAAGUGCGCGGCGAGCACGUCGUGGUAGAGCGCGGAGGGCGUAAGGAGCCGCUGCGCGGCUUCGAGGGAGUGCAAUACCUAAAAGGUGGAGGUGGGCAGCCGGAUUGGGCAUCUUUGGGUGGUUUUCUGGCUUGCCAUGACGCAUGGUUGACGGUCGGAAGUGUCGGACAGAGCUACCAGGCCGUAACCAAUCUCCCAAACAUCUCUUCACUAUCAUAUCUUCGGGAGUAUCGAAUCCUACCAGUGGCAAACUCUACUUCAUCAAAUUUUAUCUUCACAGUCGUCGCUCAAUAUUGUAAAGCUGCCAACAUGGAGUCCGAUGCCCGCAAGAAACCAGCAACGCCUCCGCCAUCACUGCCCCACUCUCCAGAACUCAUGGUCAGGAUGCCUGCAGACGAGGCCGAACCUGGUACCCUGUACAAGCUUUUUAUGACCCCAAUCUAUUUUGUAUCGUUCCUGGUGUCAUUAACUCUUGUUGAUAUCCACUACACUCAACUUCGCAUGCAUACUCACGCCGAGUCCCGCAGCAGGUUACCGAGCUGGCUACAUGACAUUUUAUACUCCAGAUAUUCGUACCAGGACUCACAGUGGAAACCCAGCGACGUGACUGAGCCAUGGCACUACCACAGCAAACAGAAGAAACUCAUGAGAAUGGAAGCCGAGGAUGCAUUUCGACUUCGUGGCACCGUGAUCGCUGGGCUUGCUGGGCUUGCUGUGGCGGCAGCUGCUGGGACAACAGCUGCACUGUAUUCACUAAAAGUCCUUCUGUCGUGGCUUCUCGGGUGA